UGAGCAGAACUGAGCUGGAUGCCAUGGCUGAGUCACUACAGUGUCAGACGCCGAGCCGGCAUGAAAAGAGUCUCGGAUUGCUCACGACUAAAUUUGUUAAUUUACUACAGGAGGCUAAGGACGGAGUGCUAGACCUCAAAGUAGUAAGCAUGUUUUGCUCUUUGCGAGUAAUUGAUAGGGAUAUAAAUAUUUCAUUUUAAAUCUGCUGCCAAACAUAGUUUUGUCCUGCCAAAGAGCAUACUGAUUUUUUUUUACUCGAGGCUUCAUGCUUAGAGUGUGAAACAACCAGGUUAUUCAGGAGUUAAUAUGUACCCCUCGUCGGAAUGGACUCUUGACUUUGGAUGUUCUUAUCCCAAAUUCGUUUCCUGAUCUAAUUACAUCUAAAUUAAUUUUCUGGAAUACUUAGCUGUUUGUUUUGCUUUGGCUGUGCUCGUAUGUCCCUUGUGGCUGGAAUAAUACGUGUUUCCUGAUUGUUAUUAUGUAGCAAGACUAGACACAGAACAAUCACCGGUACACAUUUAACCCAUGUUCACAAUAAUGACAAGUAAUUAAAAGAAAAUGUAAUCUUAAUAUUGAUUACUACCGAAAAUUUCCGAGCUUUAAAAGUAUAAUGUGUAAGUCUGGUUAGCAGAUAAGAGUAACGCAGGAGUUUUUCAGUUUAUGUAUUUUCGCGUAACGUUUAUAUGCACUUUCACUGGAGUCCAGUAAAUUCAUUUUUAAUACGUUUUGAUUGAGGUGUUUCCACCUUGGUUAUCAAAAAUGGAGGUUAAACCUUGCACAUUUGCUAUAGAACGCAACAUGUGCUGCCGUCGGAUAUGUAACCCACCACUUAUAGUUACACAUGCGGGGAGUCUCGACAUACAUUUUCCUGUAUAUAACGGAGAUCAGGUAUUUUUGCAUUAUGGUUUCCUCUCCGCGCCUGAGCCGCGCACGGGGGCCGCGUGUGGUGAGCUGGUCGCGAGCUGUUCAGCGGCGCCUCUCCCGCUGUGUCGCCAUGGAAACUGAAACUUCAUCCAGGACGGGGAAGGGGAAUGCAGCUCGGUCCGUAGGCUUGUUCCCCGUGUGAGUGACACCGAUGUGGGUGGUUGGCCGGUGUUUUCCCAGUGGGGAAAAAACAACGAUCCAGAGGUGUAUGACCUAACUGCCUGCACUGUACUGCUGGGAUUGUUCGCAAUAAUAAAAAUAACUGCACAUGUUUAAAUCACAAAAUACGGGUCCAGUUGGGGUAUCUGAACGAACUAUUUGUUUGUCUUUAAAGAAGCAUACAGUGAUGAAACAAUGAUACAGUGUUGUUACAUGAGGUAUUAUUGGGCCAAGUGUCCUAAUUACCGUGAGUCACCUAAUUGCCCUAGCUGGGUUGUUUUGUUAGUAUUAUACUCUCACACACAGGUACUGUAUCAUAUUUUCACACAGUAACCCAUCAUGUGGCGUAUAUUACUUGCAGAAUUAUGUUGUUCUGUUCAAGUGACCACUUUCGACUUUAUUGUGGCCGAUUUAUGUACAUAUUAACAUGGCAAAGCAACAGAAUGUGUUGCGAUGCUGAGCCUGUGGGAAUCUCACACGGACUGGGAAUGGAUGCCCCGAUGGAUGCUAACGGCCUGUUUAUGUUUAACUCUUCGUGGUUUUGUUUACCUCUCGCUUUCCCAUUUGAUGCUGAAAAUGUAUACUGCAGAGGCAGUUAGAUUACCCAGUAAUCUGGGGUGAUUCUCAAAAAUGCUGGAUAAUCAGAUUAUUUUUAUAGUUGCUUAUUUUAGCAUUCAGUGCAGCAGUCAGGUGUUAAGUAGGGAAAUAUGUUAUAAACAUUGAAAGAACAGCUUAGUUAACUUUCAGUUUAUGAGCAUUAAAAUGCAAUUUAAAAGCAAGCAUUUCAAUGCCUGUCAUUUGUGCUUUAAAUUGUGAAAUGCAGACUUUGAGCUACGGUUUGAUUUGUGACAUUCCUUGAAUAUAUUGAGCUUUAAAAUAUAAAUAUCUUUAAAUUUUUGUGUCCAUUUGUGUCCAAAUGUAGGCACUUUUAAAUGUUUGAGGUUGGUUCUUAAUUUCAUAGACUUUAUGAUGCUCUGUACAUGCCCGCUUUACAAAAAUGUUGUGUUGCUUACAAAAUAGGGUGCAAUUAAUAAUUAAUAAGUAGUUUAAAUGUAUUUUCAUAGAUAGGAGGGACUUGUAUGUCACUAUGUUCCUGCCCUAUGUCCUGAAGUGUAAGUUAGUUGGGCCCAGAUUUUGUGGAAUAGAUAAGAUUUCAGGUCGCUGAUCGUUGAUUGUAAAUCAAGUGUAAUUACAUCAACCGUUGAGUGACAGCCUCAUGUAGGACUAGAGAAGGGAGGUAGCAGCAUACCUGGAUAUUUGACAUAAACUACGCAUGAGUAAGCUGAAUAUCAUUCAGCAAACUGUCCUCUCAGGCAGGUGCCUCCUGCUUCCUGCCCUGUGCUCUUUAAUACUGGUUUCCUUCCAGAGUCCAAAGACAUGUAGUCAGACUAAUUUGCAUGAAAUUACCUGUAGAUUUCGGGGCGGCAUGGUGGUGCAGUGGUUAGUAUUGUUGCCUCACACCUGUGGGACCCAGGUUUGAGUCUCCGCCUGGGUUGCAUGUGUGUGGAGUUUGCGUUUUCUCCCCGUGUCGUCGUUCCCCCCACAAUCCAAAGACAUGCUGAGGCUAAUUGGAGUUACUAAUUUGCCUGUAGGAGUGCACAUGUGAGUGACUGGUGUGUGUGAGUGUGCCCUGCGAUGGGCUGGCCCCCCGUCCUGGGUUAUUCCCUGCCUCGUGCCCAUUGCUUCCGGAAUAGGCUCCGGACCCCCCCGCAACCCAGUAGGACAAGCGGUUUGGAAGAUGGAUGGAUGGAUUUUGAAUUCAUUCAGAUUGCAGCUGACACACUUGCAGUCAGACAGAAGAGACGCAUCUAUGACAUCACCAACGUUCUGGAAGGGAUUGGUUUGAUUGAGAAAAAGUCCAAGAACAGCAUCCAAUGGAAGGGUGUGGGGCCAGGCUGUAACACGCGAGAAAUCGCAGACAAACUGAUCGACCUGAAGGGGGAGCUGGAAGACCUGGAUCGACGGGAACAUGAGCUGGACCAGCAGAGGGUCUGGGUGCAGCAGAGCAUUAAAAAUGUGACGGACGACACGCAGAACAGUCGUUUGGUUUACGUUACUCAUGAUGACAUCUGCAGCUGCUUCAAAGGUGACACCCUCCUGGCCAUUCGCGCUCCCUCAGGCACGCAGCUGGAGGUGCCCAUCCCCGAGACGGUUUCAAACAGGCAGAAAAAAUAUCAGAUUCACCUGAAGAGUGCGAUGAGCCCCAUUGAGGUCCUGCUGGUCAAUAAGGACCCGUCUGGCUCCACCCCGGUGGUGGUGCCUGUCCCGCCGCUUGAGGACAUGCUCCAGGGGUCGGCAGUCCCUCCUGCCGCCACCCCUAAGCAGACGCCUCCAUCAACUGGGCCAGGCGCCCCUCAGACUCCAGAUGGCACCCACAGACGGCGUUCCACAGUCUCUCCUGCCUCCACCCCAGGCGUUGGUGCCUCUGAGCCUGCCUCCGUGACAUUGAGUUGUACCAAUGCCGUUGAACGUGUCUCAACCACCAAAGAUGCACCCGCCCCUUCCAAAACAUCAUUGGACAUCCAGCCACUCCAGUCUUCCACCUCAUUGGACCAGAGCUCCUCGGUCCCACCCUCUGCGGCAGUCUUUGAAACUGUCAAGGCUGAUGUCCCAGACUUGAUGGAGUUUCCUAAGGAAUUCUCAGACAUGUUUGACCCCACAAAAGAAAUCAUGAGUGCCGAUCUCCUGGAGGAGCUCAUGUCCUCAGAAGUCUUCUCCCCCCUGCUGCGACUCUCCCCUCCACCAGGCGACCAUGACUACAUAUACAACCUGGAUGAAAGCGAAGGCCUCUGUGACCUUUUUGACAUUCCCAUCCUAAACCUUUGACCCCUGAACUCUGUUGUGAAGGACUUGUAAAUAGUUAUUUCACUAAAAGUAAAACACAGAAGGAAUAUUUUUGACAUUUUUGAAGAAAGGCACAGCAAGGAAAAUGCAUCUAUUUUUGGAUUAUAGUUGUACUAUAAACUGACAGAAAGAAUAGUUUUGUGUGCUUAUCAUUCUCUACUUUUUGUUUUUUCUUUCCUGCUUUUUUUUACCAUUCUCUGAAGAAGAGGAGGACCUUGUGACUGUGCUAGUAGGAACACAGGAGUGAGGUCUCCAUCACUGUCUUUUAAAGCCAAUGAACAGGCCAAAGAGCCGUAAUAUAGCCAUGUGAUGUUCGAGAGCCCAGAGCGACGCAGAAACAUGCUGUGUAUGUUACAAGAGUCGACAGCGAAGGUCUUGUCGAGCUACCGGGAAGGCGAGCUGUCCAUAGCUACAGUCCUGCUUUUGUGUUACCGUGAGGGGGCAGUUGGAGUCAAAAUUUAUUUUUGAUAGACACCAGCAGCAGCUCUCUGCACACCCAGUUACUACAGUCACUGCCAGGGUCAUCUGUUGUUAUUUUUGUUUUCUGUAGAAAAAUGUACCCUUAACAAACUUAGCAAGUGUAAGCUCAAAAUCAUCUGUUUAGACAGUGUAAAACCCAGUCUUAGGAUAGGACACUACUAUUGGCUCUCCAAGUCACAUGGCUCCGCCACCGCCUUCAAGUCAAGUUUUCAUUGGUCACAUGGGUCCCAUAUAUAAAUGUCUUUUUUUUUUUUAAAUGCACAAUACCUUCUUGGGCGUUUGUGAUUAUUUUAAGAGCAGCACUUGUUUUUAUUUUGUAUUGCUAUUUAUUUUUGGUUCACAAGGACAGGGAGUUUUCCUCUCUCUUUAAGCUGAGAUCUAAUACUUUAUACCCUUUGCCCUAGGAUUGCUGCGUUCUGUUGUCAUGUAAAGUAUAGAAAUCAAACCUUUAGUAAAUCCACCCAACCUUUUUUGAUGCCUGCCUUUCUGUUUAUUUUCCUUAUUAUUUAAUUUAGUGCCAUAUGCAAGAACAGGCUUCUGUCAAGGGAUAACCUGCUGUUACCAUGUUCUUUGCACUUUUAUGAUGUAUCAUUGUUUUUCUAUGGCAUUGGGAAACGUAUCAUAAGAUCCACCAAUUUAAAUAUAAACUGGAAGUUAAUUUGUAUAUUUUUCAUAUUAAACACUUCUUUUAUA